UUGUCUUAUCUUGUGCUUUUUUGUUGAACUUUUCUUGAUAUGUACUUUUUUUGUGCUCUUGUUCAUUCAACUUUCUAUAACACUUUAUAUAAACCGUUUUCAGACCUAAAUUUGAACCAGCGUUCAUUUUGUUUAUAUGAUCAUGUAGAAGUUUGAAUUAAACUCAAAAACAAUUUUCACUACGCUUUAAAAAUUGGCCUACUUGCGUUUCAAUUCAUCCCAAAACUUGAUCCACCGCAGAAUAAGGUGUUAAAUUCUUUUCAUUCGGUACUCAUAUAACUCGUUAGAGUACUUUGUUUUUUAUUACAGUGCUUAAUCAAAAAUUACUAUUUUGUUUUACAUUUUAACUCUAUUUUUGUCUUUCUAUGAACAAAAAAUUUCAAGUGAAUGCAGACACUCUUCUAAAUUGUUUCAUUUUCUACACUUUUCGUGAUUUAUCUUUCGUUAUUUCUGAAAACUUGCUUUAAUUUUUUCUGAAGUUGAAAUUCAUCAAAUAGGCCAGUUUUUGAGGUUCUGGAUGGAUUUUUGCAAUCACAAACCAAAAGAAUUCAAGCAAACAAAGCCAAUUGCUCUAAAAGAAGUAGAAAAAGAAGAAAACUUGCCGCAAUGUGAUCAAAUUUCAAACCCCGAAUUGAAUUCAAGUGCUAGCUUCCAACAACACUUUCUCGAAAUUUGAACAAGAAUUAAAAAUCGAGUUCAACGUUGAUCAGCAGUCUACUUUUGUCACAAUCUGUGAUAACGCGACUGGAGUGAUUGCAAAUGAAAACAGCAAAAAAGAGUCUACGCCAAUGAUUAACGAAAUUUCUGACAGGGAAGAGUUUUUAAAAAAUCUGUCCGAACUGACGCAAGAGCUCGACAAUCUAGAAAUCCAUUGGCCUGGAGAUGCUGUAAAAUUGUUCAACGACGAUGAUGCUUUGAAAAAGUUUAUGGAACACCAGUACCCAGACUGGAAGAAGAGCGGGCAGACAACGUCCACACCCUGUGUGAGAAUCCCUCAAAUAAUAAUUCCAAACAAGCAGCUGGGUAAAAAGUUGCAGAUACAUUACAGAAAUCUUGAAAGAGGGGAUAUAGGCGAGAGCAAAUUGUACAAGCUGUUUGUCAAUGAAGUUUCAACGGAUGAUUCGGGAAUCAUCAUUUUUCCGAAUGUAGACGGAAGCCACAUCUUUAGACAGAAGGGACCUGGUAGCGUUGAAAUUGACAUGUUAAUUGCACAUCCAAGAAAAGGAAUUUUCGUGUUUAACGUAAAAAACGAAAAAAAAUUAAAUUUUCGAAAACUUCAAUCGCACAUAAAAAAACACGGACUUUGUGCGCUUCUUACUGUGUUACAAUAUUAACUCCAAAGAGUCACUGGAUAGCGUGAUUAAUGAAGUUCCGAUCCACGCAGUCCUUUGCUACCCUCCUGGUAAAAAAGAAUCAAUUCAAAAAUACCUGAGUGAUCGGGUUUUUGUUUUUGAUCAAUCACAUUUCAAAAAAUUCGCUCAACAUUGGAAAGAAACACUGAAAGACAUUCGCGAUAUGAGGCAAACCGAAAAAUUUGACACAUUAGUUGCCCGCCUUGUUGCUUUGAAUUCCAAGAAAGGAGCCAGCACAGAAAUUCAUCAAAAAUUUCUGAAUGACAUUCAGUCUAUUCGAGUAAACACAAGCGAACUAGAGCCUUGGCUUGAAAAACAAAUUGAAAAUUUACCAGAAAACGAUCCAUGCAAAAAAUCUCUCAUAGAAGCAGAAAAAACAAUAUACAACCAGUCGAAAAACAAGAAAACAACUGUAAUACUUUGGACAAAAGAACAGUUGGAGGUAAUUUGCAGAGUUUUCAAAGGGAUUAUACUGCAGUCAAAUGAUUCAAACAAGUACAAAUCUCUACAAAUAAACGUAAGAGGAACAAAAGGCUCGGGAAAGACAAUGCUGAUGAUCUAUUUGGCCCGAUUGAUCAAUGGCAACAUCAUUCAGACGGGGAGAACAGAUAGUAAAGUAGUUAUAUUCGAUGGGUCUUGCUUUGGAGCUGCGAUUCUGUUUUUACAGCUGAAGCAAACGUUGUAUAGAUCAGGCAUUGAAUUUUGGACGGUUGAGGAUUUCUUUGAGAAAAUUGACGAUAUAGGGAAAGGCAUUGUUUUUAUAGACGAAGAUCCUCUAAACUACCCCAAGAUGCAAAACCUGCUCUUAUUUCUUCACAUUAAAGGUGUUAGUUUUUGCAUUUUUUCUUCAGAAGAGCCAGUUUUUACGGCUUUGGGCCUUCACAAAAUUGCUUUCACUGAGUUCAUCCUCUCACAUACAUUGAGGUCCACAAAACAACUCCAGUGUUUUUCCCGUAACUGUGUCAAAAGUACCAACAGUUCUAUGGAUUUCCGUGAAAUAUUCGGGGAGCCAUCCCAUAAUCUUGACGGGACGAAUGUACCAGAAAUAAUUCUAACCCACGAUUCUACAAUGGAACCGUUUUACGAAAAGAGUGUCCAGACAGUGAUGAAGUACGCUGCAUUUUCGAAAACUAUUUCCAGCAUUCUUGUUAUUAUCAAUUUUUUAUCUCCAAAAAGUCAAAUGGCAAUCAUAUCUCUUUUACGAAAAGAAAAAAAUGCUUUGCGUUCUUUUACUUAUGAAAUAGUUCUUGACGAUAACGAUGAAAAGUUACCAAUUAUUCAGUUGGAGUCAACCGACUCAGUUUGUGGAAGCGAGUUCGGAACUGUUGUUGUACUGCUGGAAAAAAUGGUGGACCUAUCAAGUGAAGAGUUCGGAAGAAAAUUUCGAGUGGCAGUGACACGUGCCACAACCUACUUGGCCAUUGUUGUCGCAGGCACUACAUUUUUUGAUUCUCCACUUCAAGAAGAAGAGAUUUUGGGUGCAACCCGAACUCUAAAAAAGAGAAGCUUUCAUGUAUUACGAAGUGAAUACCUCGCCAGAUACAUCACAUCAGUGUUGAAAAUUUUCUGCAAAAAGUUACAGACUGCAGUGGUUAUUGGCGUCAUUCCAGAAAUGGAUUGUUUGCAAGAGGCCGAAAGGAAUGACUACGAUUCAAUUUGGAUGUCAGCAAUCGAAGCAAAAAAGUACACUUUUGACGAAGACCAGACCGUUUUUGUUUUCUCAAACAUAGCAAAAGCGUGUUCAAAGGCCGCACAGGAAUGGUACAAACAGCAGAAUAUUUCAGUUUUCAUUUUUGUUACUGGGAAUAUCAAAUUUGACUUACUGGCCUUGGGAAUUUUCAGUGGAUUAUUGCCGAAAAAAACUGAAAUAAUAAAGCUUCAGUGUCCUAAAAGCUUUGAGAUCAAUAUAAGUCAGUUCUUCAAAGACUUAAAAGAACAGAUUGAUAAAAAAGUCAUCAAAUCUUUGUCGUCCACGAAUCUUCAAUCAGUUGCAUCAUCGCCUACAGAGUCUUACUCAGUGCCGUAUACACGCAAAGGUCUAAUGGAAUGGGCGGCCGUUCUUCUCAAGGAUCUUAUCGGCGGCGUAUACAUACAAGAACAGCAAUAUAUUUCAUGGGAAGAAAUAUACAAUGAUGCGUGCGAUGUUCUUUUCCGAGAGUAUCUUCGCCAUUUGAAUUCUGGUGACCGAAAAGAAGCAGUAGCUUGCAGGAAAGAUGCGUCGGACUUGUUGACAACGAUAUCCAUUUUUGUUUACAACCGAGUGGAAAUACACAUGGAUUCUCAAAUUCAUUUUCUGUUUUACUCUGUACUGUAUUCGAAAUUUCCUCUAGUCUGGAACCCGAAACAAUUGAAAGGAUAUAAAGUACCUGUCGAUAUAUGCACUUAUUCAAAGCAGAAGCUGCGACAUAAACUAAGGUUCGUUGGUGAUCUUAGUGAAAUAGACUCUCGUUUGGCAACUGAGGAGAGUCUGGAUUUGAGUGCGCCGCAUUUCCUGGAGCAAAACAUCAGGACGACCAGUCACAUAAAUCUGAUGAGAAAAAUGGACUUGAUUGGAUCUUACAACCUAACUCAUCGGCAGAUUUCUGAUGAACUGAACGAGAUAGACAGGAAAAUAUCAGCUGUCGAGUCAACAAUCCUCGAAUUAAAAACAAAUGUUUUCGGUUUCUUGGAAGAAUAUAAAGUUAUAUCGAGCAUGGAGACAUCUGUUCGGGCCAGGAAACGCAUCGAAAUAUCUGAAGUUUGUGCGGUUGCUGCACGCAAGUGUUUAGUUCAAUCAACUGGUCUGCCCGCUCGAUUUUUUGGUUAUGAAGCAGCAGCAUUUGCUAUCAAAGGAUUUCAUUUGAAUCCCUGCAACUCAGAUUGCUGUGAUAUUCUGAUGGAAUUGUUCGAAAUGGAGUUGAUAGAUGCAGUUGAGAAGAAAGAGCGAUAUUUGAACUCAGAUGAAGGGACUGUUUUAAGAGAGCUCACGGAGAAAGACAUUAUUGCACUUCCUUUUAUACAAGACAAGUUGUGAUCAUCAACUUAAAUGAUUUCUUUGCUGCAACCUUUACGACACUCUAAAUAGGCUUUUUCAGAUAUCAUGAAUAUAUGAAAAAUAGGCUUUUUCAUAUAUCAUGAAUAUAUGAAAAAUAGGCUUUUUCAUAUAUGCUGUGCAUAUUGAAAAUAAACAGACAAUUGUUCAGCAGACAGGCCAUUCAGCAGAAAAUUGUAAAAAAAAUUAUCUGUGGAAAAGAUGUUGACAGUUCAUGUGCUUACUCGCGCUUGUCUGUGCACUAGGUUUUCCCUUUAUAGCUCAAUUUAAAACGUAUUUUCUGAUCUGUGCUUACAAUGCCGUGCAGUUUUAAUUAACAUUUCUUUGACGUCUGUGCUUAAACAAAAUCCACUACUCCUAAGAUCAAUAUUUCUGAUAUUAAUCUUUUUGAUGCUUUUAGAUUUAAAAAUGAAAACUAAUCUUUAUAUCGAAACAAUUCGAACUGUCUGUAAAAAGGUUGAACUUAGAGAA